GAUGAGUGUUAUCCGUACAAGCACGAACCGCGCCGAUGCGCGCAAGAAGAGGUCGGCGCCCUAUGGACGGAGCGUGGUGAGCACCGUUCUGCGCUUCUUUGGUUUUGGCGGAGGAGAGGAUGGGGGAAGGGUAUCUCAAUCGGAAGGCGAUUUGAGCGCGUCUAAUGCAUCGACGACUGCACUUUCCUCUGGUUCGCCUCGCCGCUACGGUGAUUACUCGCCACAGCAUCAGCAACAACAAUCCCCCCAGUGCAGUCGCCCACCACUAACCCCAGCAAGACUGAGUAAUUUCCCUGGAGCGCCCCCACCUAACGGGUCCGCAAAUGCACCCGACGCCCAACUUGUAGCUGCUUACUUCUCUCAACGAUUGGGGACAAAGGUUUCGACGAAUGCCGUGGAAUCAAUGGUCACAGAGAUGCAGGAAAGAGCGCCAGAGCCAACAGGUUUUAGGUUCACGUUCACGACCCCCAGCCGCGAUCCAUCUCCUUCUGCUUCCCAACAGAAUGGGAUAUCCUUGAAUUCCCCCACACCGUCACGGAAACGUCUGGCUAAAAAUCCCAAUGGCGUCUAUCGGUGGGAAGGCGCUGGCAGUGCGAGGCGCGCAACCCCACGGAACAGAUAUGCGACCCCUGCUUUUGGCGCUUCCCCUUCGAGACGGGACCCUCUGAAGACGAAGGAUGACACGAGUUCUCCAAACACAGCAACCACAGACAACAAGAGGCGAAAAGUCGACGUACCCUCUACCGGUUCUUCAUCCUCUGGAUCCUCUAAAUCGACCUCGACCGUUCCAUUUCCUGUCAGUGCGUCGCCUACACCUCCACGCACGAACGGCGCCAACUCUCGGCCAAAUGGAGUUCCUUCGGCACUAUCCCUGCUUCGCACGCCCGCAAAGCCGAACGCCCCGGUAAUUCCAUCUCCUCUGCGUCAAACAUGGUCACAGGCGUCUUCUACUUCAUCUAGAGAUGAAAGUCGGAAGAGUCCAUCGCAACCGCCCAAGCAAAGCGAUACUGCUAACUUCAUGGCCGAAUUGAUCAAGGAGACGACCCCAGUGAAGAAACCCGACAUAAGUAAUCCUUACCAAACUUCGCAUAGUACAGGGAAAGUAAUUCAGCCACGGCCCAAGAAGCCGAGGGCAGCUCGCAAACAGGAGGAAGAGAAAAAGAAGGCGGAAGAAGAGAAACAAAAAGAGAAGGAGAAGGAGAAGCUGAACUUGAAGGAUUGUUCUCCUCAAGCUAUCAUCGAAGCAACGCUACCUGUGGGUAGCAAACGCUCGCGUCCACCCGCCCAUUUCGAGAAAUCGCCAUCCACCUCCGGGGAAUCGUACGCCUUUACCCCGCCUGUUCGCGAGGCCCCCGUUAUAGUCGAGACCAAGAAAGUCACUUAUGUUGUGGAAGAGGCCGACGAUGAAGAGGAAGCGAAGAGAUCAUCGAAGAGAUCGAAACCUUCAAUCGACGGACGCGGCCUGCCAUCUACUCUACCGAAGAGGGCAGACAAGGAACCUGCAAAUUCUGAUGUCACUGUCGAAGAAGUCGACGACAUCGUCGUGGAUGCACAAGACAAGGUUAAAAGCAAGGAGAAGGAACGUGCCAGACCGGUAGAAACACCCAAACCGACACCCACUGCAUUUCCCACGCCUCCAGCCGUUAAUGGUUCCAGUACAGCACCCAGAACGCCGUUCUUAGGGUUCAAAUCUACUUCGGCACCCAAAGAACCUAGUAAGCUGAGGAAUAGCAUCGUGGCCGAGGGCUCAUCAGCACCGUCGACACCGGCACCUGCCCCGCCCUUGAAACCAGCACCUUCGCCUCCCUCGUUCCAGACACUCGCCUCUUCUAACUCUGGUUUCUCGUUCAAGCCACCAACUCCGGCUGCUCCAGCUGAAGUGAAACAAGACCGAGCGCCCAGCGUCGACUCCGUCAAAUCUCAAAUCCGUGCGAUGCCGGUGUCCUCUCUACCGACCUUCGAUCUUGGCUCAGGCAUCCUAGCUGCAGCCUCUGUUAACGCGGAGCACAGCAAGGCCCGCGAAGCUGCCAGUGCCCUUCUCACUUCCUCUCUUCCUCAGCACGAGUUUACUUUCGCUGCGAAGGCGUUCGGCUUCGAUUAUGAUACCUUGAAGCCCAAGUCUUAUUCUCCGCCAUCUUUCAGCAAACCCUUUCCACCACUAAAAUCGAAUCCCAAUCCCAACCCCUUCUUGACCAACAGCACGACAGCGUCACCAGCAAGUGCGGCCCUCUUCGGUUCGACUAUGUUUGGCACCAAGACGACGAUACCAGCAUCCGCACCUACACCUGCGCCGGCACCAGCACCUGUCCAAGGUUUCAACUGGGCCGCUGCUGGCAUGAAAGCGCCUGAGACCGCGAAAGAUCAAUGGAAAUGUAGGGUUUGCUGCAUCAUGAACGCUAGCACUGCUACAAAGUGUAUCGCAUGCGAGGAGCCGGCUCCCAAAAGCGUCUCUUCUUCGAGUGCUCCAGCAUCGACAGCUGCUCCAGCGCCUCCAGCGCUGCCUGUCACUGGCUUCAACUGGGGUGCAGCUGGUUUGAAGGCGCCAGAGGUUCCCAAGGACAAGUGGAAUUGUUCGGCGUGUGGGCUGUCUAAUCCCCUCGCUGCUUCGAAGUGCGAGAUUUGUGACACCCCGAAGUA